CGGCACUGUAUCUAGCUCUAAUUUGAUAGAUUCUGGUAGUUUAUGGUUCUGUUUUGCUCCCUCCAACGAUGCUGAUUGAUGAAAGAUGCCAUGAAACCACCCACCACAGCCCUGGGUCACUGCUGUUGGGGUGACCCCCAUGUUCACUAAUUUAACGUUACCCACAUGUCACAGACUCCUUGAUGGACGGCUUUGCUGCGUGACAGACGCCAGGAGAUUUUUCUCAAAGAGACGAGGGGUUUCAGGGAGUGGGAGGAGGAGAACAAGGGGAGGGGUGAUGCUCGCAUACCGUGAUCUACUCUGCAAUCACUCGGGGUAACUGACGUUCUUGAUUCAUCAUCCGACGACCUCAGCGUGGCUAUAUAAGCUGGGGACGUUGCUGUUCAGAAAACAAAUCCAGACCUCAAGAAACUGACCUCAGUUCAUCACCAAAGAUCUUGAGAGUCUCGAGAGACAAAUCCCUUAAAAACAAAAAUAAAAUCAAAGAAUAAAAGUACAGCCGAGGUUAAUCAGCAGUGCCCUUCAGUCCCCCUCAGUGCCUUGACCGACUCCCCCAACCCCAGCAUGCUGCCUGGGAGAGACGCUGCUGUCCGGCAGUGCAUCCUGACGAGCCGCUGGCUGCCCGCGACUCUGACGCUGCUCCUGCUGCUGUCCUCCAGCUUCAGCCGCGCUCAGAGCACCACGGUGGAGCACGACUUCCACAUCGUUCACAACGUAGACAACAGAAGUCCAGAGAUAGACCCGUUCUGGUACGUGGGCCGUGGAGUGCGACCCAUAGGGCGCUUUGGGAAGAGGCACAGCAGCAUGGACGCUCUUGGAAACAGUGGGAUGCAGCCUGUCCUAAGGACUUUGGAGCUGCUGCUCAACAGCCUCAGAAAAAAGGAAAACCUUGAAAAAGUAAUCAGUGGAGAGGAAAAUGUUUGGUUACCAUGAUGCCAUGUUCUUGCCUUCUGUCCACAAACCUUUUUUUUUAUUCUCUCAACUGAAGUUGUACAUUCAUUUCUUUUAAUGUAAGCUAUGAGGUUAGUCAUACGUGCAUAAUUCAUUCACCAUGAAGUAUCUACACGUAAAAGAACGCAAUGUAUAUUUAUCAAUAAAUAAGAAUGUUGUUAGGAUACCA